AUGAAUUAUGGGGAAACAGCCCUUGUAUUACCACGUUCGUCUUUGUGGGCAAGGUCACUUGCAUCGUUGCCUGUUUCCGUGCAUAUUUCAAAAGUUGGAUUGGAUAUGACUGUAGGUAUUCCACAGUCUGUCUCUCUUGAAAUACCUAAG